GUUACAAUAUUUUAAUACAAAUGUUCGAUUUUGCAUUUAUUUCAAGAAGAUUCAAUGUUAUUUUAUCUUUUUCUAUAUUGAAGAAACCUAUUAAAAACGGUUUUGCAAACGGAAAUUAAACAAACGAAUUUCAAUUGUUGCGUUGCUUUAGUAGCGAUUCGAAAACAAAAAUUGUUUAAGGCAAGAAAUUUUCUCAAAGUUAUCGUGCAGUUGAAAAGCAAAGCUAUUUUGAUAGAAAAUAACUGCUUUAAAGAUAUCUAGUGGUUCAAGUAGUUAAUAUGAAUAAUCCGAAUAAUAUAUUUUUAACAGUCCAUCAAUUCGAUGAGGCGGGAAACGUUAACUCGAUGCAAUAUGAAGAAGAUGUGGUUACACAAGAAGUGAUUGCUAAAAUACCAAUUUCAACAGAGGAUAUUACAUUAACACCCCAAACGAACUGGAAUUUUAUUCCAGAAAACAAAGUAAAUUUAAGUUAUCGUUAUUUAGAACCUGAGGAUUCCUCUGUUACAAUAAUAAAAAUUGGGGCAGUAGAAGACCUAAAUCCAUUAAACUAUGCCACUGAAAUAAGUACAGUAUUAAACGAUCCUGGAGACUGCAAAUCAUUUUUAAAUAAUAUAUCUAUCGUGAAACCCAAACAGCAAAGUAAAAUUCCAAACAUUCCUAUAAUGAUACGCUGCCAGAACUGUGAUACCAAUUUUCCAACAAAAUACCAAUAUCAAAGACAUCAAUGUGAAUUUAAUGCAGAAAAAGUAGUACUAAAGCCUGACGCAGAUGUGAGAGAUAUUGAUAAAGGUAUGCGAAUAAAGUACGAUUGUACAACUUGCGGUAAACAGUUCGUAAGUAAAAAUAAUUUGGAACGACAUCAAACUAGUCACAAGAACACCAAAGAAAACGUGUGUGAACACUGUAAAAAACAAUUUGUUAGCGAAAACCGUUUACGCAUUCAUAUUGAAAAUCACUGCAAAAAAGCGGGAGAUAUUUCAAAAUUUUACCGAAGUGACGUUACCGUUUGGAAAUGUACCAGAUGUACCCAAGUUUUCGCAACUCCUGCAUUUGCUAACAAACAUAGUGAAACUUGCAAUUACAAGACAUUCUCAGAAGGUGGUGAUAAUAGGAAGCUACAGGUAACGAAUAAUAAUUUGGAAGUUUGUUUGCAAAAUUUUGAAGGACAAAAAUCAGUCAGAAAUAUGAAUUCGGAAAGUUCAAAUGUGGAGGACGAUAACUGCCAACUAAACAUUGAAAAAAUAUUAACUGAGAUCCUUUUGCAAUGCGAAUUUUGCAAUCGAACAUACGCAGAAAAGAACGCGCUUUUGUCUCACCAAAAGUUACACGACACUUCAACUAAUUACGGAUGUUCAACUUGCGAUGAAACUUUUGAAUCUUAUAUAGUAGCCUGUAAACACUGGAUGAGCCAGUGUUCAGACAAAGCAAAUUUAUUUUAUUUACCGAAAAUGACCUAUUGCGAAUAUUGCGAUCGUACAUUCAAAUCUCACGAGCUCUUGUAUAAUCACAAAAUAAAAAAGAAACAUUACACUGCGAAAAUGUUCAACUCGAAGGACGUGAAAAUUCAAAUGAAUGAAAAUGAGAAAACUAAACAGUUACGCGACGAGAAUUUCAACUGCGAAAAGUUCCUCGAAGAUAAAGACAGUCUCGUGAAACUUAUAGAGAAUGUCUUGACCACGAUGACAAAAGUCUCGGAGGAAAAUAAGAUCGACAAAAUUAUCGAUACGUCGCAAGACAAUAAGGAAAAUCAACUGGAAAUAUUGGAGAAUGGAACGGUACAAGUCAAACAGGAAGUUAUUGUCAACGAAAAUGGACAAAAUGACGAUGCGGAUAAUGUAAAGAUUAAUGACAAUAAUAACAAUGAGCCUGAAAAAAAGAAACGAGGUCGAAAGCGGAAAUGGCCCAAACAGGGCAAGAUAAAGAAACCGUCUUUUGAUUUAGAAGAAUGCUACAGGUACCAAUGUGAAAGAUGUAAUGAUGUGUUUAGAAGCGUUGCAGAUCUUGAUGAUCAUAGGGAAAAACAACAUGCUUCUAGUUUCUCUUGUGACGAAUGUGGACAGGUCGUUCACAGUGCAAAAGCACUGGUUAUCCAUAGUCGAGCACACCAGAGUCUAAAACCUUACGUGUGCGAGCAAUGUGGAAGAAGUUACUCCCAAACAUCUCAUCUGUGGCAACACAUGCGUUUCCAUCAAGGUUUUUAUUUCGUUUUAUUGUUGUUUAUUAAAAUUUAUUGCAUUUUCUUGUUAUAUGUAGGAAUAAAACCGUUCGCUUGUCCUCAUGAAGGUUGUGAAGCUCGUUAUACAAUUAGACCAGAUUUAAAGGACCACAUACGUAAAGUACACACUCGUGAAAGGCCAUUCAAAUGCGCUGUUUGCAACAAAUGUUUCUUAACAGGUUCCGUUUAUUAUCAGCAUCGCCUUAUCCAUACCAACGACCGAAGAUAUGGUUGCGAUAUCUGUGAAAAGCGCUUUUUUCGAGCAGACGCACUUAAUAAUCACAGACGAAUUCAUACUGAUGAACGUCCUUUUCCUUGUGAAAUAUGCGGUCGAGAAUUUCGCCAAAAAGGAGACCGAAAUAAACACGUUAGAACCCAACAUCCCGAUUAGAGAUAACACGAUCUAUUAUACGUCCUUACUCAAUAAGUUUAAAUUUGAUAAGAUUUAAUUUUGGGAAACAAAAAAUGUGCAUAGAACAAGUACUUUUAG